AUGGCCCAGGGUGAAUCUUCCGCAAGCGCUGAGCGCAAUGGCGCCAAAGCAUCAACUACAGGUCCUGCCGACUACGAGCUGCCUUGGGUUGAGAAAUACCGCCCCGUCUUCCUUGAUGACGUUGUCGGCAAUACCGAGACAAUCGAGCGCUUAAAGAUUAUUGCCAAAGAUGGAAACAUGCCUCACGUUAUCAUUUCAGGUAUGCCAGGUAUUGGAAAGACUACUUCUGUUCUCUGUCUGGCGCGGCAGUUGCUGGGUGAUGCGUAUAAGGAGGCUGUUCUGGAGCUAAAUGCCAGUGACGAGAGAGGCAUCGAUGUGGUUCGUAACCGGAUCAAGGGCUUUGCGCAGAAGAAAGUCACCUUACCCCCGGGCCGACACAAGCUUGUUAUCCUCGAUGAAGCCGACAGCAUGACCCCCGGUGCCCAGCAAGCACUGCGCCGCACAAUGGAAAUCUACUCGACGACCACUCGAUUCGCCUUUGCCUGCAACCAAUCGAACAAGAUCAUUGAGCCUCUUCAAUCACGUUGCGCCAUUCUUCGAUAUGCCCGAUUGACCGAUGCCCAAGUAGUGAAGCGUCUCAUGCAAGUCUGCGAGGCCGAGAAGGUCGAACACUCAGAAGAUGGAAUCGCCGCCUUGGUCUUCAGUGCCGAAGGUGACAUGCGCCAGGCUCUCAACAACCUGCAGAGUACCUGGUCUGGAUUUGGUUUUGUCAGUGGGGACAAUGUUUUCCGUGUCGUUGACAGCCCUCAUCCUGUCAAGGUCCAGGCGAUGGUUAAGGCUUGUUGGGAAGGCAAGGUGGAUGCUGCGCUUGAGACGCUGAACGAGCUAUGGACUUUGGGGUAUUCUUCUCACGACAUCAUCAGCACUAUGUUUCGAGUCACCAAAACUAUUCCGACACUUUCAGAACACGCCAAAUUGGAGUUCAUUCGCGAGAUUGGCUUCACCCACAUGCGCAUCCUGGAAGGUGUGCAGUCACUACUCCAGCUCAGCGGCUGUGUGUCGAAGCUCUGCAAGAUCAACAUGAAGCCUGAGCUUUUUCUGCCUAUGAAGGCUUAA